CCCGCUCACCACUCCUUUAUUCUCUGGGGAACGAUCUCUAGAUAUUUUGUAAAAAAAAUAACAAAUCAAAAGAGGAAAAGAAAAGCUAAGUGCGGCAGCGGCACAAUUCAACGGGGAGCCAAAACUUUGGGCCCCAGAAAUCUCAAUUAUGAAAAAUCUAACACGGCCUCUUCUAAAACAUUUGCCAUUUGUUGUUAAUAAAAGAUUAAUCACACAAGAAUCCAACGUAACACCUGGUCCACUUCCAGUCCCAUCUCCUCUUCUCUAUCCGUCCCUCUCCUGGACAAAUUAGCCGGCACAAGUAUAAAUGGCAAGCCGCCACCGGCAGCGCCGCCACCGGACAAAACCACACUUAUAAGCCACGGCCCACGGACAAGCCCGCAACAGCGCGACGCCCGGCCUCCUCCUUCACCCGCGCCACCACACCAGCAGGAGGCAGGCAGGACCCUGGAGCCUUGGAGCCUGGAGGAGAGCGCGCGGGCGGGUGGGACAAGUACACGUUGAUGGCAUCUACCGCCAUCCCGUCCCCGCCGCCUCCGGCGGUGCCGGAGCGGAGACUGCCGCCGCUGGUGCCGCGGUUGGCGGACGAUGGCGGCGGGGGCGGAAGGGGCGACGACGCGCGGGGGAGUAGUGCGGGAGGUGGCGGGAGCGGGAGCGUGGCGGGCAUCUCGCCGAGCAUCCUCAUCAUCGCGGUCAUCGUGGUGGUGAUGCUGCUCGCGUCGCUGUGCAUCCACUACUUCAUCCGCCACCUCUGCCGCCACGUGGGCCCAGCGGGGUCCUCCUCCGCUUCGUCGUCCCGGCAGGCGCCGCCGCUCCCGCUCGUGUCGCGCCCCGCGGCGGGGACGGCGUCCGUGGCGCCCGCCGACGGCCAGGAGGUAGGAGGAGGAGGAGGUGGGACGAAGGCGGCGGCCGCGGCGGAGGCGGAGGCUGAGCGGCUCAUCGCGCGCCUGCCGCUGUUCACGCUGUCCUCGUCGCUGGCCUCGGUGCCCAAGUCGUCGCGCGACUGCGCCGUGUGCCAGAGCGCGUUCCGCGACGACGACGAGCUCCGCCUCCUGCCCGCCUGCCGCCACGCCUUCCACUCCCGCUGCGUCGACCCGUGGCUGCGCGGCAACCCAUCCUGCCCGCUGUGCCGCGCCUCCAUCGCGCUGCCCCACCCGCCGCUCACGGACCUCCUCCGUGUGGAGCUCGGCAGCGUCAGCAGCCGCCGCUCCAACCCGGACGCUGCGGCCGCCGCAGUCCGCGCGUACCCGCUCCCCGGUGGCCUCCCUAACUCGGCGUCGUCGGAGUACCUCGUCGAGGAGGAGCUCCAGGUCGUGCUGAAACCGAGCCAGCCCGCCGCCGCCGGGUCCAGCGACCCGCCAAGCCAGCAGUCGCAUCAGCAGCAGCAGCAGCAGCACCAGCUCGCCGCAGUGGAGCGCGGGCAGCCGUCGUCUUCGUUGUCGUCCGUGGGCCUGACCCCUACGGCAUCGUUCAGGUCGACGGCGGAGCGGUGGAGCAGCAGGUGGAGCAACCGGUGGAGCAGCCGGUGGAGCAGCGGGCGCUGGAGCAGCCGGUACGACGCCGGGACCGUGACGGCCGCGGCCACGGCGGAGUGGUGGUGGGACAUGGACGGCGGCGUAGCCCCCGCGACGCGGCGGAGGGACACGGACGACGGCACCGCGUCGUUCUACGGGUUCGUGCGGUGGCUCACCGGGGCAUACUAGUAAAUACUACGGUCGUACGGUGCUAGCAUAGUAGCAUCCAUGGAAAGCGCGCGGUGGAAACUUGCUUCACCCCUGCGGCGGUGGCGGUGGCGGCGGCGGCCGGCGACGGGCGGUGUUCCCGAAAGGCCCUCCUCGUCGUCUUCGUGAAACGAAUCGAAAUGAACUGGGGGGGUGUCUGUUUGUCUGUCUGGCUCUUCUUUUCGGCAUGCGAGCGUCGAAUUUUUAUUUGCUUGUAUUUUUGUUUUGGUUCUGGGGCGGGAGGGUGGAUUUCGAGGACGGAGAUGCCCCGUUCGCGGAUUUCAAAACUGCUUCCGAAUUGGAGAAUGUCGGCGGGAAGAAUGAGGAACGAAUUUGUGGACUUUUAGGCAGGUGCACAGCAGUCUCGGCCAAUCGAAAGAAAAUGGCAGAAAUUUGGGGGGGGCUUUUGCUGCAUUUUGAUUUGGUUUAUAUUUGUGGUACUCAUCAUUUGUGUAUGUGUACGUACAGUAAUGUCUGCAUGUAGCGUGGAUUGGCCAAUUUUGUGCAUAUAUAAGCAAAUAAAUUAGCAAAGGUCGUAGGAGAUAGUAUUCAUCAA